GCCGUCCCAGAGAGCAACGAGACACAAAUAACCAACUGUGCCACGGCCAAAGAGGGCGUUAUUCCCCGACAGAAGCUGCACACAACAACUAAACAACAGCAGGAAUUCCCAGAGGUGCAGCCCAUCUCCGAAGAGAUGUUUCACGCUCCUGCCGCACCCCGUCCGAGGAAGAGGUCGAAACCAGGAGAGGACAGUUUCUGCAGGCGUGAAGAGGCGACGUUCCAGGAUGUUAGAAUAUUCCUGGUAGAGAGGAAAAUGGGCCGCAGCAGGAGAAGCUUUCUGACCCAGCUGGCCAGGUCAAAGGGCUUUGCUGUGGAAGACAUUCUCAGCGAUGCCGUCACCCAUGUGGUGUCAGAGGACAGCCAGCCGUCUUCCCUCUGGGCGUGGCUUAAGGGUCGCUCGUUGUCGGAUCUCUCCACAGUAAACGUGUUGGACAUCAGCUGGUUCACCGACAGCAUGAGAGAGGGAAGACCUGUUCCCGUGGAAACCAAACACCUCAUUCAGGACAUCCUGCCAGAAGCUCCUAAGGCUGCUCCCGUGAACACGGUUUCACAGUACGCCUGCCAGAGACGGACAACCACAGAAAACAACAACAGGAUUUUCACAGAUGCGUUUGAAGUUCUGGCGGAAAACUACGAAUUCAAUGACAUUGAGGGACGGUGCUUGGCCUUCAGGAGGGCGGCCUCCGUCCUGAAGAGUCUUCCCUGGGCCGUGCGGUGUGUCGGGGCCACACAGGACCUGCCAUGCCUGGGUGAACAUACCAAGGCUGUCAUCAAGGAGAUCCUUCAAUAUGGCCGCUCGUUUGAGGUUGAGAAAAUACUCUCUGAUGAAAGGUGUCAAACUCUCAAGCUGUUCACGAGCGUGUUUGGGGUUGGACCUAAAACAGCCGAGAAGUGGUACCGCGGAGGGCUUCGCUCGUUCAGCGACGUUCUGGCGCAGCCCGGCAUUCAUCUGAACCGGAUGCAGCAAAGUGGUUUUCUGCAUUAUGGAGACAUCUCCAGGGCUGUCAGUAAAGCGGAGGCAGAGGCCGUGGGGAACAUUAUUGACGAGGCUGUCCAUGUGAUCACACCGAACGCCAUACUAGCGCUGACAGGUGGCUUUCGGAGGGGGAAGGACUUUGGACAUGAUGUCGACUUUAUAGUGACCACAACGGAGCUGGGAAAGGAGGAAAACCUUCUGAUCAGCGUCAUCGAAAGUCUGAAAAAACAAGGUCUUCUACUCUUCUCUGAUUACCAGGCGUCGACCUUUGACAUAUCAAAGCUUCCCAGCCACAGGUUUGAGGCCAUGGAUCACUUUGCGAAGUGCUUCCUGAUCCUGCGUCUGGAGGGCAGCCGGGUGGAGGGAGGCCUUCAGAGAGCGCAGGGCGACGGCCGCGGGUGGAGAGCGGUGCGCGUGGACCUGGUGUCGCCGCCGGCGGAUCGCUACGCCUUCACGAUGCUCGGCUGGACCGGCUCCCGGAUGUUUGAGAGAGACUUACGAAGGUUUGCUCGGCUGGAGCGACGGAUGCUUCUGGACAACCAUGCCUUGUAUGACAAAACAAAGAAGGAGUUCCUGACAGCGACGACUGAAAAGGACAUCUUUGACCAUCUGGGCCUUGAGUACAUCGAGCCUUGGCAGAGGAAUGCAUAGGCCUCCGCUCCUCCCUAGAUGGAUGGUACCCUGUGUGCACAUCAAUGAUCACCCCAUCUGCUUGCUGCUCUCAGGCCUCUCCAGUGAUUUAUUUUCAAACGGCUUCUGAUUCCCGUUUCUCCUUUGUGUUGCUGUUGCUGUUGUCGCCUGAAUUACACGCUGAUGCAUGAUUCAUAAUUCAUAAUUCGCCCUUGUUCGCUAUUGUCUGACAGAGAAUAAAAAUUCUCCCAUACCAU